UCCAUUUUAGAACAUUUUUGGUAAUUAGUUGUUUCAAAAGUACCGUACACUAAUGUCGAUUCCAAAAAGACCUUAGUUAUAAUUGCGCAAUAUCAUUUAAAAGUUGGAAAAAAUUAAAAUCAGAAGAUGCAAAAUUUUGUAUGAUUUUAAAUGAUUACUGUUGAUUUUGUAUUAAAUGUAGAUUGUUCGCAAUAUUCCGUAUGUUAAGUGAUAAUCAAAUGAUAGAAAAUGCAAAUAUUGUUAGUAUAUGUGUUAAUAUAAUUUGCCAAAUAGUCGUGUAAACAACAUAAUUUGCGGGCAAAGAAUCAAAUUGGUAGACUGUCGUGACUAGUGACAUAGAAGAAAGUCAUCACUACUUUCGAAACUAAUAUUACAUGACUUUAAUUUCCGAGCGAAAUUAAUUAUUUUAAUAACGUAGAUCAAUAUACAUCAUUGCCAUUAAAUUAUAAAUUUGCAGCAGAUUUCAAAUACAAUACAUCAAAAAGGAAUAUUUGAAUAUCAAAAAGCCACCAUGAAAUAUAUCAGUACAGAAAAGUUUGGAAAUAGAAAAAUGUUUGGUGCAAAUGAACGGAAUGACUAUAGUAGAAAUAGUCCCAUCACAUUUGGUGAGCAGGUUACAACAGUCACGAGCUUUUUUGAAAGCUGGAAUAAUUGCGAACGAACCGUAGUUAUGUACGCUCUACUAAAGCGUCUUAGAUAUCCUAAUUUAAAGUUCUUACAAUACUCUAUUGAUCAUGCUCUGACACAAAGUUUAGGAUCAGAAACUAAUCUCAGUAGCGUUCUAUUUGACAUGAAUGCGAAUAAUCCUUCGUAUUUGAAAAAACUAUUAAACGCCUAUAAGACGUUGCAUUUGAACGACGCAGUUGAUGCUCUGACUUCGGGUUCAUUAGACAAGGACACCAUUCCGUGUUAUGGGUCCGAUUUUCAAAUUACAAAUUGCGAUGAACGUAAAUUGUACGAAAAAAAGAAGGAGAUAUUGGUAGAGGUUUUGAACAUGUUACCGCUCUUAAAACCUGGAAACGAUGACGCCAAGUUAAUUUAUUUGGCUCUAAUUCCAUCAACAGUGCGGGAUACCAUGCAUCAGCGUGUGCCCACAGAGUUGGUUCAGCAAAUAUUCUCGUACAUGCUUAUUCAUCCUGCUAUAAGCAACGAAGAUCGAAGAUCAUUAAAUGUUUGGCUGCGACACUUGGAGGAUCAUCUUAUGGCUACAGAUAAGUUGGUGGAACCAAAAAACAGAAAUAGUAGCAGCAUAAAUCAAAGUUUAGGUGUCAGCUCGGAUGCGUCAAUUUCAUCAGUGUCAUCACUUACAUCAUCAUCAAUUUCCAAUAAUUCCAUGUCAUCUUCUGGGAGUUUUGCUCCAGGGAUAGGAAUUUCACCAUAUGCAAAAAGUCGAAAUGUUGAUUGGCAAACAAUUGCUCCUCCAAGCAAGCAUCACAGUAAUGUUCAACAAAAUCCACUUUCACAACCAAAUUCUCUACCUGACUGGUCCAGCUUCAUGCGGAAUGACAGCGGAUUUACUAACAGUGGCAUAAGUAAUUUGAGUGAAUUAAGUUCGAGUAGUAGCGGCAGUAGUUGUACAAAUCGACGGAACAGUAGCAUUACUGAUCAACUCUGUGAUAAUUUCAAUGGUAUUAAUCUAAACGAAUUAGGAUCUAGUCAAAACAAAUUGGGUUUGUCUUUAAAUAUUGCGACAAUAGGUGUUGAUGCACAUGUGGAGGAAUCAUCAUUAGUGAAUGGUGUAGCUGCAGCAGCUGCCACAAAUACUAACACUGUCAUGUCUGGCCUAUUUAGCAACAACAACAACCCAAUUAUAAACAUAUUGGGUAGCAGUGGUCAUAAUGAGGGCAAUGUGUGCGAGAAUAGCACUUCUAGUAAUUCCAACAACGACGAGCAUGAUACAUCGUUUUCAAAAAAUGGCACAGAAAUCAUAGACUUUGAGCCGCAUAUAACUAUUAAUGUUGAUGGACAAUGUUUAGAUGAAUCUUCAGCUUCCAUUAAUAAUGAUAUAAAUCCAAAGUCGCUACAGCCGCAAAUGGCUUACACCUCAAUGCCGAUGAGUAAUUAUGAGCAAACGGAUAUGACUCGUUGGAGUUUGGAUGGAAAGUUGACUGCUUUAAAGACUCGACGAUCUAAUAGUCUUACAACACAAACUAUAUCCACUUCGUCCUCAUCUUCAAAUUCCUCAGUGAUUACAGUCAAUGAUAAUUGCUCAAAUUCAAAUGAAAACCUGGCGCAAUUUGCAAAUAAGCCGCGGAGCUUCUCGCUGUCAAUAGAACAUCAGCGCAGCGGCUUAGCUAAUAGUGAUUCGGAUACGCGUUUGGAUGAUUUUAAACCAGGUUAUAUAAAAUUUCAAAGUCAAAAUGUAGGUAUGUCAAAUAUUGGUCUGUGGUUGAAAUCUUUGCGUUUACAUAAGUACAUAGAUCUAUUCAAAAAUAUGACAUAUGAAGAUAUGCUCUGUAUCACUGAAGAAUAUUUGCAAGGCUUGGGAGUAACCAAAGGUGCAUCGCACAAGUUAGCAAUAUGUAUAGAAAAACUGAAAGAUCGCAAUAAUCACUUGAACAGAUUGGAGCAUGAUUUGGUGAAUGGUCAAAUAAAAAUACAGAAUGUUGUUGAGGAUUUAGCAAGCAUGGUACUUUCGCCAAUGAAACCUAUUGCAGCAGCUGAUAGCGGGCCAAAUGAAGACAAUGUUGCUCAUAGAUUUUUAAAAGUUUUGGAUAUAGUUGGUGCGAUGGUGCAACGUGAUACUAACGCCCCUCAAGAUGAAGAAAAUAUCAAUGUUUUAAUGUGGGUGCUUGAUCGUUCUAUACAUAACGAGGCUUUUGUAAACCAUUCAAAUCAACUGAAAGAGCUGAAAUUUAAACUUUCAAAAUAUAAAAUAUCUAUUGGUCACAAGGCACAUCAUUUAAAAAAUGGAAGCUCCGGAAAUUUAAAUAAAUCUAGAUGGAGUGGUAAAUCUCGAAAAUGUGAUAUAAAGAACGGAAGUAAUGACCGCAUUAACCAUAGAAAAAAUUCGAAUGAUAUGCUUAACUUCUCUGUUAGUGGUAUAUCUCAAAAUCAGCAACACCACCACCAUGGCAGUCAGGUACAACUGGGCGACUAUGAAAAAUUUACUCAUAUUAUGAGCGGAAGUGCAGGCAGCAGUAACAAUGGAAAUAACGGUAGCUCACAGCACCAGUAUAAAAGUUCAUCAUAUCCAAACUUCAUGAAUAACCAACAACAGCAGGCCAAGCAACUACAUCAUAGUCAUCAUUCACAAUUAUCACAAAAACAGCAGGAGCAAAAUACUAUACCCCAGCUUAGCCAUUUUCCAUCAUUGCCUCCGCAUCAGCAUCAGCAGCAGCAACAGCAACAUCGAAGGUCUCUGAACAAUUUAAUAUUAGUGUCGGGGGGUCCUCAACAACCCCAAAAAAUGAUUUUUAAACCUGGUCAAGGAAUUGUACCCGCAGGUCCACCAUCUAAUGAUGGUAACUUGCGUCGAACCAGUAUGACUACAGCUAUUAGUAACCAAAACAGUGGUAAUGUCAAUUUAACUUCGACAUUUACUACAAGUCUGGGGAAUGUAAACGGGAAGUCCGAUCCUUCACAGCAACCACAAAGCUUAUCGCAAUCGCAACUUCAACAACAGACGCAGCAAUCACAAAAGACAAUGGCAGCAGUGAUAAUGGAAAAUUUUACGAAGUUCGAGGAACAUUUCACAUUAUUCUAGAAUGUGCAUUGAGAAGUUAAGUAAUCAAAUGGAGGACCUGGAAACCGACGGUGGGUUUUUUGAAUAUGAUGGUCCAGCAUGUUUUCGUUGUGAUCGUUGAAAUGAUGUAAAUGUUUCAAUUACAAUUUACGUUUGCUACACAAAAUAGAGCUAAUUAGGAAAAAUGCAUCGCGACAAUGAGACUGACUAAAAUUACUUUCUGGUACUAAGAUAUAAACGAUUAAAACGCUUAUAAACACUAUUGACGCUCAGUUGUUGACAUUUAUUCAAAUUGAAUAAACAGGAGUUUCAUCAAUUUCAGGCAUGUCUCUCGUACGGAAUGUAAUUGCUGAAUUUAAUUUUAAUCACAAGGAAAAAAGUGAAAUACUAAAAUAUAUUAAAAACUUUAGAAGACACGAUACAUUUUGAACAUUUUGACUUAUUAGUAAUCACUGUGCAAAGCUGAACUUUAAUUUUAACACUAGGUAUGUGUGCAAAUAUUCGCUAUACGUCUGUAGUAUGUAAGAUAUCCAAUAGAUUAACAUUGUAAUAUUGCUAAGCUGAAAUUAUAUAGACCUACGACAAUAUUUGUAAACUUCUUGUCAAGCAUAUCGACAUCAUGAAGUAACUUAAGAGUUGUCCUUACAAUAUUUAAUGUUAUAAGCCUUAUGAUCCAAUGAAUGGUGAGCAAAACCUCACGAUAAUUAAUGCUGCGCAAGUUAGGCAAAAUUUAUAUUCCUAGAGACAAAUGCCUCUUAAUGUCUGGUCUGCUUUUUAUAAUUUUAUUGUAAAGCCAAUCUAUUUAGCAAUUUUGUUUGUUUUAAUGUAUUGCAAAUGUAUUUAUAUUGGUAAUUGUAUAUAUUUACAUACAUACAUACAUAUGUUUGCCUUUUAAAUGUAUGUCUAACUAGAAUAAUCAUGAGUAUGAGUAAGAUUGCCACACGGAGGGAGCUUAUGAAUGCACUCUCGUUUGGCUACACAUGCAUAGUUUAUGUAAAUAGAAUGCAAAAAUGUUGUUUAUUUGAAAAACUAACACACGUUAAUUUCAUAUAGGAACUGAAACAGCUCUGCAUAAGAACCAAUUGAUUUGAGUUCACUGUAUUGAACAAAAUUUGGAUCCAUAAGUACGCACUGUAGUAAAAUUUUAUAAUUAUUUUUAUAUGUUAGAACAAAUUUAUUUCUAUCCCAAGCUGACAGAUUUAGUCGGGCUAUACCUUAAUUUUUCCUCUUAUUGAGUGCAUGUUACACAUGCAGUAAUUUUUAUAAAAAAAAAUAAAAAUAAAAAAUAGUAUAUGUUGAGGAUUUUAACCUAUGACAUUCGGAGGCAAGUGCCAACGAUAAAGAAAUGCAGAGCAAGAGACGAUUACACAUGCUAAGGUUUCCAAUUAAUUUAGAACUAUUUGCAAUUUGUGUUGAAAAAAAUGUAAAAAGAAAUCCAUCAGGUAUAUCAUGUUAGUUAAUAUGUUAAUGAUUUAUUUAUUUAUGAAACUGUAUUUUAGAUGAAUAAGAAAAAUUAAAAUAACUAACGACAUACGAAUCUUGUAUCUUUGUGUAGUACAAUAACAAAUUUAAACAGAUUUAAUAUCUAAUAUCCACAUAAAUAAAGUCUAUUUGGAUAA